AUGUUACUUCGCACCCCAACCACUUCGAUCGACCUCUCGCAGUUGAGCCCCCGUGAUCGGUAUCUCUUUUCUCUCGCUCAAGCCAGAGCGGCAGAAGCUGAGUACAUCGCCUACGAGGCUAAACGCGAGGAGGAAGCUCUCCUCCAUCGACUCCAGCUUCAGCAUACUCGUCGUCAUACCGCCCGCCUAUCCAUCUUCAACUAUGGGCCGUUGCACUCCAACCAUAGCUUACAGUCACCUUAUCAACAGUUUAACCAGUCUUCGCUGAAACAAGACGUUCAGGCCCGCUGCCGCGAGGAGAGGGAAGCAGCCUUGUUGCGAGAGCAGUUGUGUCAGGCUCUGCUGGAAGACCACCAAAGCUCCGUUCCUGUGAACUGCUCAAAACAAUCUCAUGGUGUUCCUUAUCACUCGAGCCCGUGUGGGUUCCGCUCUGAAGGACCCCCUAGGACCGCAAAAGAAAAUCGUCAGUCGAAAUCUGAGUUUUCGAAAGAUGUUUUCCUUGGGUUGGGACUGAAGGAUGAAGUUGCGACCGAGAUUCAUGAUACCAUACACGCCAUACUUGCGUCUCUUGCCGACUCAUCUGCUUCCCGUCCAAACGAGGCUCAAACGAAUAGCUCCAUGAAGGGAAAGUACAAGGAGUCCGUUACUGAAGCACGAUCCACACCACCGUCACAGAACGCGACGUCCGAAGAUGUCGUUCGGUCUUUUGACGUUGUCGAACGCAUCGAAACCGCUCUUGAAACUUUGAAUGACGAUUUUCAUUUCCCAACCCAACUCGACUUCAUCUCUACACACCUCCACGAUGUUGGUGACGCACUUGUCAAAGGCACGUCCCGCCUGGCAUUCAGCGCUCGCAAUCAUCCUGUCAGGUACUACGAGCAAGCGUUAACUUCCCUCCUGUCUCGGCUUGACUCGAUUGAUAGCUUUGGGAACGAAGCGCUGAGAACGAAAAGGAAGGAGGUUGUCCGCAGGGUCGAAACAGCUCUAGACGAACUUGAAAGAGGCAUAGAGGCAUCGCACAAGGUUGCUUCCGAUGCGUCAACGCACGAGAGGAAGCCGGAAGAGGCUCAGGUUCUGCCCCUUGUUUCUGACAGCAUGAAGCAGGGGGCGCUCCCAGAUGUUAACGCCACCGGUAGCAGCACGACUGUUUUCGACGAUGUUGCAACUGAGAAAGAAGAUGUGAUCUCUUCAUCAAAUGCCGAGACGAUUAGCCCCCCCUCGGAAAUUCUCACUACCGAGCCGGAAGAAGGGUCUUCACCCUCUGCGGUAUCUGUUUCUGGAAUGUCACGUUGCAGCGAUGACGAACAGGAGGAAGAAAUCAACGCCUCUCAGCCACCGUCUGGCGGGGAGGUUGUGGUGGAUGCCCACGCUGUCUUAGAUGUUCCUAUUGAGGCAGCAGUGCCAAUCGUUCCAACUGUCCUCAAUCUCGGAUCUCCCGUCGAACCAGAGGACGUCAGUGCGUUUCUGUUGACUGACGUGACGGAUGUGCCGCAAUCAUCGGGGCCGUUGCCGUCUCAUUUAACCGAUGACCUUGGUAGUGAUUGGUCGGAUGUUGAAGAGGAACAAUCUUAA